UCCUGUCCCCCCCGUGCCCGCAGUCUUUGUCCCCGGGGCCCUGGAGCCGCUUGGCCGAUUUGAAGCCCCUAUUCCCUCUCCACCUUACCUUGGGUUGAGCAUGAUCUGCUGCCAUGCGUCAUGCCUUCAGGCCAAAGAAUAUAAUGGACCAAGAAUCUGGGAGGAGCAGGAAGGAGGAAGGUAACUGUAUGCCUCCAAGGAAGCUGCUUAAAUUAAUUUCAUUCUUUCUGCCAUGAACAUGUAUGCCCCUGUCUUUGCUAAAAUAGAAUUGGAAAUACCUUGAAUCAAACUCUCUCCCUGAAUGUGGAGGUGCUGCGAGGGGAUAUUCCCCCAAAAACUGAUUGUGUGCCCAAGAGACGUACAAGGGAAGUUGAUUAUCAGCAUUUAAAAGAUGGUCACUCCGCUUCACGAUUUCAAUCUUUCUUCUUUGGAGAGUGGAAGAGUCUGUGAAAAUGGAACAGCAUGGAUUUGGCAUCUCUUGGAAGAAUGUGUAGAUAAUGCCUGGGAAUACUGGAGUGUGAUCUUAGGGCUGAUUUCUAUCAUCUGUUUUUUGUUUGCUGCACUACCACAACUUUAUGUUGCAUACAGAAAUGGAAAAGUGGACGAAGCUCUUUCUCUUAGCUUUUUGCUGUGCUGGAUAGCUGGGGACCUUACAAAUUUCAUUGGCUGCUAUUUGACCAAUCAGCUACCAAUUCAGAUUUUUACUGCCAUUUUUUAUGUCAACAUGGAUGUCAUUAUGAUCUCGCAGUUUGGCUACUACAAGUUAAAGAACCGGAAGAUGAAAAAUUGGAGUGGAAGCCUGAAGACUUGCUGUGUUGUCUGGAUCGUAGGUUGUAUGCUAUUGUCAGUGAUAAUACCAAGUCAGUUUCUGCUGACAAACCAGAAGCAAAGUCCAGCGUUAGAAGCCAAUAAGGAUCCUCAUGGUAUCAUCAAAAUGUCUGGCUUUAUUUGUGGCUAUAUAUCUUGCAUAUUUUAUUUGGGAUCUCGGUUUCCCCAACUGUAUAAGAAUUUCCGAAGACGAUCAACAGAAGGCACAUCAUAUCUGUUGUUUGCAUUAGCCAUGUUAGGGAAUUGUACUUAUGGGCUUGGCCUAGUUUUAAAGUUGCCCUCAUCUGACUCUCAGAGGACCAUCUUCUUUUUUCAUCACCUUCCCUGGUUUAUUGGAAGUUUUGGAGUUCUGUUUCUUGAUUUUUUUAUGACUGCUCAGUUCAUUUUAUACCGCAAACAGAACCCAAGACGAUCCAGUUUGGUGAUACUGGAAGUAGAGCCUUUAUUGAUCAAUCAGGAGGAAUCCUAAAGCAGCUAGCCGAUGGAGCGGUAAUUCUGCAGAUGCAAUAUACCGAGAAAAUAGAUAUUUGAAGACUCAUUUUUUGUUUUUUUUUCUAUUUUUUGUAUUUAAAGGAUAGAAGAUUAAAGUCCCUCUGACCAUUCAAAGAACUUGUCCAUUCUGCAACUUUUUUUCUAUGCAAAUCCUUAUGUUAUGCAGAAAAAUGAAAGACUUGUUAUUUUUUUUUCCACACACGCACACCCCACUCCCCUCACCCCCAGUAAGGUUUAAUGAAUAUCAAAUUACCACAGUAUAGCAACACCAAGGCUGGAGAGAAGAGAUAGAGGAAGGGAUUUUGUGGUUUCUUUUAAGAAAGUCAUCACUCAACCACUGUUCUGAGCACCUCCUCUGGCAGGCACAACUCCAGUCUCAUGGAUCAGCCUUGAGAAACUUCGCUCUGACAUUACAUCUCCCUUCCUUCCUCUUCCCCCCUUUCUCUCCUCUCUUCCACAUUUAGAAAUUGAUCUGAUGGUUGGGGACUUUUUUUUUAUAUUUUGGAAAAAAAGCUAUGCUUUUCCUAUAAAAAAUUGCACAAUUGUCUGUCAUUUCUGUUCCAUUUGUGUACUCUUGGAAUUACUUUCUUACUGUUUAACUGUAUCAGCUACCACCAGAAUUACUAUCUGUGUAAUUAUUUAAUUGUAACUAAUGUUAUCAUGUAUAGAACAACAGAGAAACAUUCCAAUAUGCACUAGAUGAUCUCACUGUCAUUUAAAGAUGCUGGUUUUUAAAAUAUUUACAUUAAGUUGAAUGUGCAAUGUAGGGCUUUGAAAGUCUAGUAGUAUGGAAUUGUAAAUUCUUCCUACUUCUAAAUCAGAUUGUCUUCCAUAAACUGAAAAUGGUUUUUCAGUAUUUUCAGUUCGAUUUUUCGGUGAUGUAAAACUCAUGUUCCAGCACUCUACUAAGGUUCCAACAUUAUAAUUCAGUUACAGUGGAUCCACAAGGUUUUUUCUUCACCUUAUAAUUAUUCCUUUGCUAUUCAGAUUUUUCUUAAUUUAAGGAAUUGAAAAAAAUCUGUUAUGCUAUGAAAGAAGAAUAUUCUGUAGGUGUUAGUUUAUUAUAAAAGGGAAAAGGAGGAAAAUAGAUCAUUUGUAUCCCAAAUUAAAUUUUAAAUGAAAGUGAUGUUUUUGCCAUGAUUCCAUACUGGUGAAUUCUGACCCCAAAUAUCUAACUAUCUCUUAGCUUUUGCUCAAGGUGAAUCAGGUUCAGUUGGGACUAUCUGAUUGGACUGAAAAUGAAACUGAUGAGACUGCCUGAAUGACCAUUAAGCAAUAACAGGUAUAGGCUCAGGUUAUCAUCGUUUAUUUGAAAUCAUAUUUGCCUGAUAAAUGAGUUAUUUUCAAAAUUGCUGGAGAAUAAGGUGACAUUUAAAUAUCAUUCACAACUUCUUUGUAGAAAAUACACUCUUCUCCAGUGAUUUGGCACAUUGGUAUUUGUCACUUAAGCCUGUAAAGGAAUAAAAAAAAGCGCAUUCCAAAUAGUA